UAGAUAUAUUUUUAUUCUCAUUUGUUGAAGGCAGAAGACCUUCCGCCACCAAGCUUGCGCGGCUUAAACCCAUUCCCGCUCACCCAAAAAUGGCGGAGCUCAGUAAGCUUACACACUACAUCGAGUCCUUCGUCGACGUAUCUCAUACUCCGUCUCAACAGGCCACGAGCUUGGAAGCAAUCAUCUCCCUUGUGAAGAACAAUGUUGUAACAAUAAAAACACUGGUUACAGAGAUGGGUAUGUAUUUGACAAUUACUGAUCACAUUAUUCGAGGCAGAGGUAUACUUCUUCUUGGGGAAGUACUUGCAUGUCUUGCAUCAAAGCCUCUGGAUGAUGCAACAAUACACAGUCUAAUGACGUUCUUUACAGAGAGACUGGAAGAUUGGAAAGCUUUACGGGGUGCCCUAAUUGGCUGCUUGGCACUGAUGAGGAGGAAAACGGAAGUUGGGGCAGUUUCUCAGAAUGAUGCGAAGUCUUUUGCCCAGUCUUAUUUUCAAAAUCUUCAAGUACAGUCCUUGGGACAGCAUGAUCGGAAGCUGAGUUUUGAACUUCUGGUGUGCCUUUUGGAACAUUAUCCUGAUGCUGUUGUUUCACUGGGUGAUGAUCUUGUGUAUGGAAUCUGUGAAGCCAUUGAUGGUGAAAAAGAUCCACACUGCUUAAUGCUUACUUUUCACAUCGUCGAGCUUGUGGCAAAGCUAUUCCCAGAUCCAACUGGAACACUUGCAAGUAGUUCUAGCGAUCUUUUUGAAUUCUUGGGUUGCUAUUUCCCAAUACAUUUUACACAUGGAAAAGAGGAGGAUGUUGAUGUAACAAGGAAUGAUCUUUCGCAGGCACUUAUGAUGGCCUUCUCAUCAAACCCCCUCUUUGAGCCAUUUGCAAUUCCUUUGCUUCUUGAGAAACUUUCAUCGUCAUUGCCACUAGCAAAGAUUGAUUCUUUGAAGUAUCUGAGUGAUUGCACCGUAAAAUAUGGGGCAGAUAGAAUGGAAAAGCAUAGUGAAGCUAUCUGGUCUUCAGUAAAGGAGAUCAUAUUUACAUCAAUAGAACAACCUUUUUUGUCCUUUAACUUAGAAUCAUUGGAUAGUCCUAGCUUUCAAGGGAAUGAAAUGAUAAUAGAAGCUCUAAGACUCCUGCAGAAGAUGGUUGUGGAGAGUAAUGGAUCAUUUUUAAGAUUAAUUAUCAAUGAUGAAGAUAUAAAGGAAAUUUUUAACAUCCUAAAUAUUUAUACAUGUUACAACGACCUCCCUCUGCAAAGCAGGCAGAGACUAAAUGCAGUUGGCCAUAUCCUUUACAAGUCAGCAAAUGCAUCUGUUGCUUCCUGCAACCAUGUGUUUGAAAGUUUCUUCCUUCGUUUGCUGGAUUUUGUGGGGAUUUCAGUGGACCAGUCUGAUAAUUACAAAAUUUCUCCCUCGAGGAAUUUUAACUUUGGAGCCCUCUAUCUCUGCAUCGAACUACUUGCAGCAUGCAGAGAUCUGUAUGCAAGCUGUGAUGAACAAACAUGCUCUGUUAAAGAGAAAUCAUACAACAUGCUUCAAACUUUUUCGUGUGCAUUGGUUCAGCUCCUCAAUUCUACCUUUCCAGGAACUGCUAAGAAAGAUCUGCAUGAUGAUGAAUUCUAUUGUGCAGUAAAGGGCUUGCGGAAUCUGGCCACAUUCCCUGUAGGUUCUUCACCCGUAUCAAGUGUCGUAUUUGAGGAUAUUUUGUUGGGUCUCAUGUCAUUUAUAACCAUGAACCUCGAAUGUGGAUCGUUGUGGAAUCAUGCCUUGAAGGCAUUACAACAUAUUGGCUCAUUUGUCGACAGAUAUCAUGGGUCUGUGGAAUGGCAAAGUUACAUGCAUGUUGUUGUUGAAAAGAUUGCACCAAUGUUCUCUCUUCAUGACGAGGCCUUGCCACUGACACUUAAACUUAAAAUGGCUUCUGACAUUGGUAGAUCUGGGCGAAGUUAUAUGCUGAAAAUUGUUCAGGGGAUCGAAGAGGCAACGUCCUUCCAUUUAUCUGAGGUUUAUAGCAAUGGCAAUUCAGAGUCAGUCGAGAUUCUAUUGUCCCUGUUGGAUUGCUACUCGACCAAAAUUCUUCCAUGGUUUGAUGAGGCUGGAGAUGUUGAGGAAGUCAUAUUGCGCAUUACAUUUAACAUUUGGGAUCAAAUUGAAAAAUGUUUAGUUUUUAGCACAUCGAUGGAUAAAGCGCUUCUAGAUGCUACCAUGAUGGCAUUGAAACUCUCUGUUCGAAGUUGUUCGAAAGAGAGCCAGAACAUUAUAAUCCAAAAAGCAUUCAAUGUAUUAUUAACAAGCAGUUUUUCUCCUUCGAAAGUAGCAUUAUCUACAACAAUACCAGUUCAGAUGGAGGGCUUACAACUUCUGCAGCAGAAAGAUAGUCCUCUUUCCAGAGAUGAAUGGAUCCUUUCAUUAUUUGCAUCAGUCAUUAUAGCACUUCGUCCACAAAUACAUGUUCCCGAUGUGAGAUCAGUAAUGCGUUUGCUUAUGUUAUCCAUCACCAGGGGCUGUAUACCAGCUGCACAGGCACUAGGUUCUAUGAUCAAUAAAUUGAGUCUGAAGUCUGAUAAAGUAGAAGUCUCAAAUUAUGUUUCUUUGGAAGAAGCUAUUGACAUUAUUUUCAACACAAAAUUUAGGUGCUUCCAUAAUGAAAGUACUCGUGAUGGCAGUGAAAUGCUGCUCACAGAUUUAUGCUCCAGCAUUGAAAAAGGCUCUUUGAUUCCAGUUCAUGCUGUGGUUGGAUUAUCAUGGAUUGGAAAAGGUUUGCUUCUUUUUGGUCAUGAAAAGGUCCGAGAUGUUACCAUGGUUUUCUUGCAGUGCUUAGUAUCAAAAAGUAGAACAGAUGCCUCACCCUUGCAGAAGGUUAUACUGGAAAAAAAUUGCGAGACAAACUUAGACUUUGCAGUCAUGAAUGGUGCAGCAGAUGCAUUUCACAUUCUUAUGAGUGAUUCUGAAACAUGUUUGAACCGCAAAUUCCAUGCAAUACUACGACCACUUUAUAAGCAGCGUUUUUUCUCUACCAUGAUGCCCAUUUUCCAGUCUCUAGUAAGCAAAUCUUAUGAGUCACUUUCCAGAUACAUGUUGUACGAGGCAUUUGCACAUGUCAUAUGUGAUACUCCACUCACUGCUAUAUUGAGUGAUGCGAAGAAGGUUAGCUUAAAUCUUAUUCCUAUGCUUUUGGAUGGGUUGUUAGCAUUAAGUGUGAACAUCAUAAAUAAGGACGUGGUUUAUAGCCUUCUUCUUGUUUUAUCUGGGAUAUUGAUGGAUAAAAAUGGACAAGAAGCUGUCACAGAGAAUGCACAUAAAAUUGUUGAUUGCCUUGCUGGACUGACUGCCUUUCCUCAUAUGAUGCUUGUACGAGAAACUGCUAUUCAGUGCCUUGUCGCGGUAUCUGAGCUACCCCAUGCAAGGAUAUACCCCAUGAGAAUGCAGGUACUGCAUGCAAUAUCGAAAGCUCUUGAUGAUCCAAAGAGAGCUGUUCGACAAGAAGCUGUUCGAUGCCGGCAAGCAUGGGCAUCAAUUGCAUCAAGAAGUCUUAUUUUCUGAUAGUCCAUUGCGAGCAAUCUUCCUGCCGUGUCAUACAGCUGGUGGUCCUGUAAGAGACUUAGCAAGCAAUGUUGGCAGCUGAACACAUUUGAAGUUGCCAAAUCUAGUGCAUAUUUUAUGCUUACAUAUAAUCAACGUCUUCACAUUCUGUCUAGAAAAAAGAGCUGUAGGGAAGAAAAAAGGAUGAGCAUAGGCUACAUGUAUGUCUUCGAACAAGAACUUCGGCUAGGAUUUUCCUGUACAGAUAAUCAUUAUAGUUCGAGUUUAUGAGGAAAAAGAUGCUCAAGCAAUCUUGUUAUUUUGCUGUCAUAGGUAUAGAGAUAAUAUGGCAAUGAACAGAUUAUGGAAAUUUAUGAUCCACUAAAUUAAUGCAGUUUUUAUUAUCCAA